AUGGCCAUGGUUGAUGAUGAUUUGCCGAGAAAAUUAAAAGACGAGGGAAUUGUCCGAGUGGUGCUAGAGUGUCUACUAAUUUAUAACUUUCGUGAUGCUAGACGUUUCGAGGCUACACACGUAGUUCUUCUAGCCUACGAAAUCAUGCACUGGAAUACGAAUAACUAUCGUCUUUGGUCAGCAUUGAGUCGACUAUUGCAGGACCUAUUCCCUCGGUUUAGAACUUUUUUCUACUCAAAUAUGCAUGGCAUCCACAUCCUGUUUGAUGUCUAUAUAAAUCGUGUCGGUCAAUACCCACGAUAA